GAAAUAUAUAACUCCUGUUGAGAUAUUCACAAGAACUAGUCACUCGAUUAAGCUUAAAGUAAGUCAGCAUACGAACAUUGGGUGAUGCUUUUCGCAUGAAAUUUAAUUUGAUAAAUUGAACGUUCAAGCAAAAAAAUUUAUAUCGCUCGCGUAAAAUGAGUAAAGUAUUUGUUCUGUUGUGCGUCGCGAUUGUGGGUGUAUCGUGCGAAUGUGAUAAAUCAAUUUUACCAGAAUUGACAUAUCGUUUGAGUGGCAACAAUUUGGAGUGGCCAUGCCAAUCGACAAAGAAUAUUUACACAAGCACUGGACGGUAUACAGCUAGAAAUGUAAUAGCGACCCGAGCACAAAUUUACAAAGAUAACGCUUUGGUUGCGGUGCCACGGUAUAAGGGUGGUGUUCCAAUUACAUUAGGCAUUGUUAAUAUGAAGAAAGGUAGUUGCUCCGCACCGAUAGCACCGUUUCCAUGUUGGUCACUGCAAGAGGAGGGUAACUGUCAGGCGUUGCAAUCCGUUGUUGAUUUGUUUGUCGAUGAUCAAGAAAUCUUAUGGGUUUUGGAUGUUGGUGUUGUGCAUACCUUACUGCAGCCAAUCAAACGAUGUGCACCGAAAGUGGUAGCUAUCAGCUUGCGUACCAAGAAAGUCGUCAAAGUUAUCGACUUAUCCAAUGUGUUAACUCAAGUUUCGCGAUUGCAGUAUUUGUUGGUCGACUAUGACAAUGAAGGACGAGCCUAUGUAUACAUCGCAGAUGCAGGAUCACGUGCCAUUUUAGUUCAUGACGUUACUGACAACAAAAGUUAUAGAGUCGUCUUACCGGUGGCUGUUAAAGAUGGUAGCUCCAAAAAUGAUGUUCUUUAUAUGGUUCUAAUUCGCAAGGCAAACGGCGCAAAUGUCAUCUAUUUCACGUACUUGGGUUCGCCACGUCUAUUUUCAAUUAAAACGGAACAUUUGCGAAAGGGAACAGGUUCUGGAUCUGUGGUAGAUGUUGGACCGAAACCGAACGGACAACCAAUUGUGUUGCUUGGUACGGAUAACGGAGCUUCGUUAUUCUUACGAUACAAGGGAUUGAACGACAUUUAUCUGUGGAAUACAGACACUUGUUUCAAAUCCAGCAAUUUCCUCGAAGUGCAAAGAGGUGGAGACUGUCGCCUGUCUACUCAGGUCAUGCCCGGACAGAAGCGAUAUAUGUGGACGAUUGAAAGUAAUUUCCAUCAUUACAUCGCUGAUACAGUUGGAUGCACCGGAGCGUCAGUUGUUAUCCAUCCGGUUGUAAGAGAAUGUGAAGAUUAGACUGCCAUUACUUUUAGUUUAAGCUUGGAAAUUUAUUUAUUUAUUUAUUGACAAUACAUGGUUGUUGAAAUUGAAAA